AUGAGGCCCGAAACGAGACUAGUGAGUCCAGAUGAUCUUGAAUUAUGGCAAACUUCAAAAUGCUUUGAUGAUUUAGUUUAUUUUAUUGAACAUUUGGCACAUGCAGUUGAAGGACAUGAGAAUUCAGAUUACGAACAGCCAAUUGGAUCAAAUGUCAGUUCAGUUAAUGAUUUGCUCGGAGAAAUAGAGCAAAUUAUCAAGGCCCAUCCUGUAGUUCAAGAUGCUGGCAGCACAAGAUUCGGUAAAAUCGAGUUCAGAGACUUUUACCAGGAAGUUAGCGAGCGGACACCGGAUCUGAUAAAAACGCACUUCUCAGGUUUAUCGGAUGAACAAACAGAAGAAGUUUCUGCAUAUCUAAUAGAGUCGUGGGGAAAUUCGUCAAGAAUCGAUUAUGGUUCAGGGCAUGAACUGAAUUUCGUCUGUUUUCUUUACGUGCUUCAAGAAUUUGGUGUCCUAAAGAUCAAUGAUUCAAGAAACAUUGUUUUGAUUCUCUUCCGUCGGUAUCUGAAAAUUAUGAGAGAGCUGGAAACUUUAUAUUGGCUAGAGCCUGCGGGGUCGCAUGGUGUUUGGGGUUUGGACGAUUAUCACUUCCUGCCCUUCUUGUUCGGCGCAUUUCAGCUGGCACCCCACAAAUAUUUGAAACCCAAAUCAAUCCACAAUAGAGAGACGAUAGAGAUGUUUGCAGACCGAUAUCUUUAUUUCGGAUGCAUUGAUUUUAUAAACUCGGUUAAAACGACGGCUGCUUUGAGAUGGCAUUCUCCGAUGUUAGACGAUAUCAGUGGUGUCAAAAAAUGGUCGAAAGUCGCCGAGGGAAUGAUAAAAAUGUACAAAGCAGAAGUCUUGAAGAAACUACCCAUAAUGCAGCAUUUUCUUUUUGGCGACGUCCUCAAAUGUCCUACGGGCGUCUCAGGGAAGGGAGCUGUACACGAACAUGAAAACGGAAUGGCAUGCAACGAUCAUCUUCAUAAUACAUGGGGGGACUGCUGCGGAAUAAGAGUACCCAGCGCCGUAGCGGCCAGUACUGCACAAAAAUCGCACAAGCCGCUACCAUUCGAUUAA